AAGCAGGCCCAGGCCUGGUCUCUGGUCUCUCACUGUACCCUUACUCUCUCUCUCCCAACCACAGUCGGCCUGUUCCUGUCACCCUGGGCGCUGGAAGGAUGGCCACCCAGCUGCUGACUGACGAGGCCCUGGAAUCAGUGACAUUCAGGGACGUGGCUGUGGACUUCACGCAGGAGGAGUGGCAGCAGCUGGAGCCUGCCCAGAAGGACCUGUACAGAGAUGUGAUGCUGGAGAACUACAGGAACCUGGUUUCUCUGGACUUGGAGUCUAGACCUGAAAUGAAGGAAUCGGGUCCAAAGGAGGACAUUGCGGAACACAGGCCAUCCGUCGGGGCGGUGGCUGAGGGACCCACGAGAAAUGGUGCCUGCGGCCUGGCCUUUGAAGGCGCGUGGACCCGGGGUGACUGGGUGGAGAGGAGGCAGCAGGGGGGCGCCAGGACCUGCCUGGGGCGGUCGGAGGUUUCUCAGGAGCUCGCCCCCGAGUGUCGUCGGGAACCUCAGGUCCUCACCCCACAAAGCUCCAGCCUGCGCCCGCCACCAUCGGCGGGUCCGGGGGAAGCAGGGUCCCAGCCGCGUGUGGUGCUCGGCGCAGACCUCAGCCAGCCCUCCAGACUGGACGCAGAGGAGAAGCCUUACGCGUGCGCCACGUGCGGCAAGGCCUUCAGCCGCAGCUCGUCCCUCGUGAAGCAUCGGAGGACCCACACCGGAGAGAGGCCCUUCGAGUGUGACGAGUGCGGGAAGCACUUCAUCGAGCGCUCGUCCCUCACCAUCCACCGCAGGGUCCACACCGGGGAGAAGCCGUACCGGUGCGGGGACUGCGGCAAGGCUUUCAGCCAGCGCAUGAACCUGACCGUGCACCAGCGCACGCACACGGGCGAGAAGCCGUACGCGUGCGCCGCGUGCGGGAAGGCCUUUCGCAAGACCUCGUCCCUGGCGCAGCACGAGCGCGUGCACACGGGCGAGCGGCCGUACGCGUGCGGGGACUGCGGCAAGGCCUUCAGCCAGAACAUGCACCUGACCGUGCAUCGGCGCACGCACACGGGCGAGAAGCCGUACGCGUGCGCCGAGUGCGGGCGCGCCUUCAGCCAGAACAUGCACCUGACCGAGCACCGGCGCACGCACACGGGCGAGAAGCCGUUCCGCUGCGGGGACUGCGGCAAGGCCUUCAACAAGAGCUCGUCGCUGACGCUGCACCGGCGGAACCACACAGGCGAGAAGCCGUACGUGUGCGGCGAGUGCGGCAAGGCCUUCAGCCAGAGCUCCUACCUGAUCCAGCACCAGCGCUUCCACAUCGGGGUCAAGCCCUUCGAGUGCAACGCGUGUGGCAAGGCCUUCAGCAAGAACUCGUCGCUCACGCAGCACCGGCGGGUGCACACGGGCGAGAAGCCGUACGAGUGCUCCGUGUGCAGGAAGCACUUCACGGGCCGCUCGUCCCUGCUCGUGCACCAGACGGGCCACACCGGCGAGAAGCCGUACGCGUGUGGCGAGUGCGGCAAGGCCUUCAGCCAGAGCGCGUACCUCAUCGAGCACCAGCGCAUCCACACGGGCGAGAAGCCGUACCGCUGCGCCCAGUGCGGCAAGGCCUUCAUCAAGAACUCCUCGCUCACCGUCCACCAGCGCAUCCACACCGGCGAGAAGCCCUACAGGUGCGGCGAGUGCGGGAAAACCUUCAGCCGGAACACCAACCUCACGCGCCACCUGAGGAUCCACACCUAGGGGGAGGCGCGGGGGGCGCCUGGUCCCGGGACCUGCCUUGGGGGGGGGGGAGCCUGAGCCCCCAGCACGGGCGGUGCAGACGCGGGAGCCCCCGGGUAGCGUGCCCCAGGCAGGCCUUCCGAAUGGGGACUUGUGCACAGGUCCUCUUGCUACGGGGCACCCGCAGGGCCGAAGGAGGAAGCCAGUCCCUCCGUGUCUAAUGUGCUUAGGAACAUGGUCAGGGGCGCUGUGGCUGGACACUCACGGGAGCCCCAGAAACCGGGGCAUCAGGGUUCUAGGCCGUGGGAGUGGACUGUAAGGGCUGGGACAGAGCACUUAGUGCCCCGGGGGGGGGGGGACACUCCGGAGGAGGGGGCUGAGAGGGGGAGGUGGACCCCAUAAGUGAAUGUGGACAUUUUGGGACCCUAGAUCUAGUGCAGAUGCCAGGUGGGCACCCUCCUGAGUUUCCUCCUGGGGUGGAAGCCAGAGCCCCGCUCCCCUCCAUCCCUCUGUCUGUCCCCAAGCGCCGCAGAAGCUGACAAGCUGUGUGACAGGGAGGAGGUGGUUUUCAGAGUCAGCAAAUAAUAGUAAGCACUUGGGAUGCCGAAGUUUCUCAUAGUGGUCAUUUAGGUUUUUUUACAAUAAAACUUUUAAAAGUGUAAUUUUUAAAAAAUGUUUAUUUGGGGCGCCUGGGUGGCGCAGUCGGUUAAGCGUCCGACUUCAGCCAGGUCACGAUCUCGCGGUCCGUGAGUUCGAGCCCCGU